CCUUUUUUUUAAAAAUGAAUGCUGAGAUUUUCAUCUUACGACAUGACUUCAGGAGCUUUUGCUGAGGCCGUUGCACAUUGACCAAGUACUUGUGCUGACCACAUUUGUUGAAAAUGGCUUCCAGAGAAACUUGAAAACAGGUGCUGUUUUCAUCGAUCUAACAGCGGCGUAUGGCACACUGGCCUGCUCGUGAAGGUAUCACGGGUCCUGCUACCUUGGGUCACAGGCAUCGUUGAACUCCAAUAUGUUAGGGUGGAAACACUCUGGCGCAAGGAAUGGAUAUCUGUUAUAAUCCCCAACUGGUCCCUCGUCACCGACCCCACAGUUUGCCUGCCUGACUUUGACCUGCCCUGUCAGUGGUCCCGGUUGAACAGGUUCCGGACCGGGCAAGGUCUCUGCAGCCAGUCAGCGGUGGCCUAGAAGAACUGCAUCACGCCACUGAAGAUGCCAUCACUUGGCUAGAUAACUGUGCACAUGCUAAAUAAAUAAGGAGCUGGGGAUAUAUUUAUAAAUAAAUAUUGAGACGUGAUUAAAAUUGUAAGAGUUGGCAACACUGCUGUCACCAACUUUAUGGCUUAGAAUAGCAAAAUGUUUCCUACUAAUAUGCAGAGCAAAAAAAAAGUAAAUUGUGGUUAUAAAUGAUUGAUUAAACUAUUUAAAAGGGGUUCCCCCCCCAUCUGUUUACUAGAUGCAAAAUAUCAAAGGGUGUUGCACUUAUAGAGAAAAAUUCUCAUAGUUGGUCUUUUUUUUUUUCUUGGUUAAAGUCAUGUAUAUUGAUAUUGGGUUAACUGCAAUAAAAGAUCAGAUAAAUCUUGGUAAUGCUCUAUAACUUGCCAUAUCUUUAGACUGGAACACUGUCUUUUAUGAUUCUGAUUCACAUUUGUUUUAGUCAUUUCAGGAGUGGAUGGUCACAGGUUUGAACUUUGUAUCUGGUAACAUUCAUCUCAAUAACUUGUUGACCUAGAUGCUAAAAAGUGAUUGUAGACAGGGAACUGAAACUUUUUAAAAUACAUAAUAGGUUUAGGAUCUUAAAACAGAUAAGGGCCACGCUGUCAUUCCACUGAAUUCCCUCGGCUUUCUUCAUCGCCAAGACCCAAGCUGAGUGUUUCAUUUCUCCUGCAAGAGUUGAUAGCAACACACACAUCCCAAAAGCAGCAUAAAAGCGGAAAUUCCCGGUGUAAUUGUUUGUGAAGCCUGAGCAGUCUCAGCACAUUCAUACUUACUGAAGAUGUCAAACAUGGGAGUGAUGUCCACCUGCUUCUGUGUCCGUUCUUUUGUACACCUGCUUAGGCCGGGAGUGCAGAAAAUGGGCUAUUUCCAAAUGCACACUGCAUCCAGGUGUGCUGCUAAGAAUCACUACGAAGUGCUGGUGCUUGGCGGGGGCAGUGGUGGAAUCACCAUGAGCGCUCGGAUGAAGCGGAAAGUGGGAGCUGAAAACGUGGCUGUUGUUGAACCAAAUGAGAAACAUUACUAUCAACCCAUGUGGACACUAGUUGGCGCUGGUGCAAAACAGCUGGCAACAUCUGGACGUCCGACAGCCAGCGUGAUUCCUUCAGGUGUAAAAUGGAUCAAAUCCAGUGUUACAGAGUUGGAUCCAGACAAGAACUGCAUCCAUUUAGCGGAUGACAAAAAGAUAUCUUACAAAUAUUUGAUAAUUGCCCUUGGGCUUCAACUGCAUUACGAAAAGAUUAAAGGUUUGCCUGAGGGUUUUAAUUAUCCUAAAAUAGGUUCCAAUUAUUCAGUCCACACAGUAGAGAAAACCUGGAAGGCUUUGCAAGAUUUCAAGGAAGGAAACGCCAUCUUCACUUUUCCAAACACUCCAGUGAAAUGUGGAGGGGCUCCUCAGAAAAUCAUGUACUUGUCAGAGGCCUACUUGAGAAAGACAGGAAAACGAUCCAAAGCCAACAUCAUCUUCAAUACUUCGCUUGGAUCAAUUUUUACUGUUCAGAAGUAUGCUGAUAGAUUGCUGGAGAUAAUUAAGGCUAGGAAUAUUGUUGUUAACUACAAAUGCAAUCUCAUUGAGGUUCGAGCAGACAAACAAGAAGCUGUAUUUGAGAAUUUGGACACACCUGGAGUGACUGAGGUUUAUCAGUAUGAAAUGCUUCAUGUCACACCACCUAUGGGACCACCUGAUGUACUCAUGAACAGUCCUGUUUCAGAUGCAGCUGGCUGGUUAGACCUAGAUAAGGAAACUCUGCAACACAAGAAAUACCCCAAUGUGUUUGGUAUUGGAGACUGCACCAACCUUCCAACAUCAAAAACAGCUGCAGCUAUAGCUGCCCAGUCUGCAGUGCUUGAUAAAACAAUUUCUUCAGUAAUGAAGAGCCAAUUGCCAACUAAAAAGUACGAUGGAUACACUUCCUGUCCCAUUGUAACAGACUACAAUAGAGUGAUUCUAGCAGAAUUUGACUACAAUUCUCAGCCUCUGGAAACGUUUCCCAUUGACCAGAGUAAGGAGAGACUACUCAUGUACUACAUGAAAGCUGAUCUAAUGCCUUUUCUUUACUGGAAUGGAUUACUAAAAGGCUACUGGGGAGGUCCUGCUCCUAUAAGAAAUCUGAUGCAUCUUGGUUUCAAAUGAUGAUCCAAUCAACUUUGCUUACUGGCCAGAACUAAGUCUAAGAAAAGGAACAACUUUUAAAAACACACACCUGUUCUCUCAAAAAUAAUAGCACAUACUUCUGUGGAUAUUGUACUUGAUUUAUCAAAGACCAGGUUUUGCUUCUGGUGAAAAUUAAACCUUGAAUUUAAAAGUAA